AUGGCAACAUCAACAGCAAACGUCGGCCGCCCAAACAACAAUGCGCUACUGGCGCUGAUGGCCGGUCUGGCCGCGCUCGGGUUCUAUACGAUGCGCAUCACUACCGCGAUGAACGAUGUUCCUGUGGGCUUUCUAGAAACAGCAGCAUCGGGCGUUUUCCCAAACGGUGUGCUUCUCAAGAAGAACUACACAGGCAUCUAUCUGGUGGACGAAGGUCUGUCUUUCCUGGUUGCUGCCUUCCUAGCCGGCCCGAUGCGAUGGAACGAGCCAUAUUACUGGCAACAGCUUUACUUCCUCAUCCAAAUCACGGCCCUUGUCACGAUCAACAAUGUGGAGGCUAUUUCCAUUUGGGCCUUCGUCUAUCAGAAUGUUGGAGCAGCUUGCAUCGUCACUAUCUGGUGGCUAGUCCUCCAUCGCGUCUCGCAGCCCAAGGCCUACUUUGAGAGCGGACGCACUGUCCCGCUGCCUUACGCGCGCGUGAUCUUACCGGGCGUUUUCCUGUUCUACGUUGUGCCUACGGUCGCAUUGUUCCUUCCCGGCCAGAGCGCAGACAGGAUGCAAAACCUCCUAGCAUUCUGGCAAAUCACGCCCAUCCUUACCGGCAUUCCCAUGUGGCUCGUCUCCCUCUCCGGUACCUCGACCGCCGUUACCGCGAGCAACAGGAAUGCAGAUGUUCGACACCUCAAAGUUCUCUACGCUCUCCUUUUCGUUCUUUGUGUGGCAACUCAUUGGUACGCCAUCCGCGGCAUUUCCCUUUCGACAGACCCCGAUGUUACGUACGCCCGCGUCUUCUUACCCAGUACCUAUACCUGGAAGAGGAACGCUGAUUGGGGUUUGCUGUUCAUCUUCCAGUGGGAUUGGCUCAUCAUCGGACUAAUGUACAUUAUUCCGUCGUGGGUCGCGGUGUGCGAUGUGCAGCGGAUGCGGAAUGGAGAGGCUACGCUCGAAAAUAUCUUUGAGAGCUUCCUUGUUAUUGCGGCCCUGACGGGUGGUGGUGGCCCGGGCGCGACGCUUGCCGCUGUCUGGUUCUGGCGAGAGGCUGCAUUGGCGGACAUCGAGAUUGCAUCGGGGGCGAAGAAGGUGCAGUAA